GGAAAUAUUCCUUAAAGAUUGACAACGAGAAGUACGUUAAUUUUGGAACGUCGUAUCUUACCUGGGUUUAGAUAGUUCCAAAAAUCUACCGGCUGUUCAUGCAGUUAUUGGCUGCGAAACAACACCGGUAAUGUUGUUGUAAGGAAAGCUAACAUUUUAAAAAGCUUUAGGAGUGUUCUGGAAAGGGAAAAUUGCUCGAGAAAGUUACGAUGAGACAGAAAGUCUGCAAAGACAUUCUCACGAAAGCGAUAAAAUUUGUGCAAAAAUAAUCAUACAAAGGGAAAUGUGAUGAAACACUUGUGCAGAUAAGAGUAAGAAUUCGCAAGGCAAUGAAAAACAGAUAAUCAGAAGCUCUACAACCAGAUCCAUACUGGUUGACACAAGCAUUUACUACUGGUUACAUUAUCAAAAGAAGAUUGUAAGAGAAAUUGCCUUUAAGCUUUGGUUAGACAUACGAUGGAAAGAAUGAUCUGGCCCACAGGUGGUAUUAGUGUGGUUUAUAGGAAAAAAAUUUCUUUACAUAUUCUAAUUUUGAACAUACAUUUGAUAAAUAAAUAAGAAAUGGCACGAAGAGGAUAUACAGAGAAAAACGUUUCUUAACGGCUUGAAGACAAAAAUAUCCGAUCGUCAACGUUAAAAAAGCUGUGAAUAUCUGCAGAAAAUACUGGAGUCAGCAAAAUAAUUCCAAAAUUUUUUUCACACAAAUUAUGUUCAUCUUGUGCAGGGCCCCGCACACCCUCCGCUAAAAAACUGCAAGAUCUGCAGCGCUCUAGUGAUGAAAUCGAAGAAAAUUCCGUAACCAAUGAGGACUAGGCCAUGGGAAAAAUUAUGGUGAGGUGAUCAGCUUAAAGCAGACGAUGAUGAGUGGAACUACAUUUUCUUCUGGAGUUCCAGCAAAGGAGACAGUGAUGAAGGAUGAAUGGAUCCAUAUCAUUUUCUAUACAACGAAAUUUUAAUUUUGAAUGACUUUUUUAACUAGCUAAAGAUUUUUAGGCAUCCUUUCACGCGUUAUUCAAUUACCUUUAAAAGGCGAUGACGUCAUAAAAUGAUGAUGACGUCAUGAAAGAACGUUUAAAAGUAAGUAUAAUAGAAAUUCAAUACAUCUUUUAAAAGCACUGAAUGUGUGCAAUUCGAAUAUGGAACAUAUUUGACAAUGAUAGUUGCGAGAAAACAAUUAAAAAGGUUCAAAGUGAAUUUUCUGCAAGUUGAUGACGUCAUCACAAAAUUUGACUUCCGUUCGAGAUAUUUUUCAUUUCAUCUCAGAUUUGAAAUCUGCAUAGUUAAUUUAGUGCAAAAAUGCAAAAAAAGUUGAGUUCGAGUCCUUGGCCGAUUUUUAAGAUUUUUUAUCAUUUUUUUGAUGACGUCAUCAAAAACAGUAACUUCCGGUGAUAAUUUUUUUUGGCCCAUCUUUGAUUUGGAAUCUCCCUGGUCGAUUUAGUAAGAAUGUGAAAUAAAAUUUGAGGUUAGGCAGUUUGCUAGUUUUUUCUACAAAAUUCCCUGUCUAUAAAGAAGAUGCACAAAAAGGCUUUUUCUAUAUUGACUGACAAACAUAAAUAUGCUAAUUAUAAAUUCCAAUUUGGUUAGGUAUCAUUAUAAAACGAGUUGUUUUGAAAAGUCCCGAUCUAUAUUUCAGGAUGUAACAUAUACAAAAAUAUCAACUCUUUCAAGAGAAAAUUUGAAUAUGGCUUUUUAUAGUCAAAAAAAAGGUUUUUGGCGAUUUGAUAAUCAGAACUGCCUUGACAAAAUUGAUUGAACAUUUAAAUUGGAUCUAAAGAAUCUGCGUCUAGUUUUUGCCUUGUAAGGAAAACAAUCCAGUACAUAACAAAAUUAGUGAAAUUGGAGAAUGCGGCAGCAUCGAUAAGUUUAAUUCGCAAAUUCUCUCGAAAUAAUUUCAUCAACAAACUUAGAGAAUUGAAUCGUUUAUUCUUCUUUUUACAGGAUGUUUUUGGUGCUCAAUUCCUUGCUUUCAGUAAAUGGAAGAAUUCUACGUAUCCCGUGCAUGAUUGAUGCUGUAUUUGAUGUUGUCUUUUUUGACAAACGCUUACAAGGAAACAGUCUGGCUGUUUUCAAUAGUAUUGAUGACCAAGGUUGCACGUUGAAAUGCGCAGAAAACCAUAAAUGUACAUCAUACAAUUAUCAAUGGAUUGACAAAACAUGCGAAAUUUAUCAAAAGCAUGUGCAACAGGAUAAUAGCACCGAUCUACUGGAUGCCAAUGGUUGGAUUUUCAAAACAACCAACUACAGUAAUAAACUUAUUGGGCCAACGUGCAACAGCCUGAAGCCUUGCGAUCCGGAAGAUUUAUGUCUGGAUACAUGCAGCCCGCCUUUCUAUGAGUGCAUUCAUUGUCAGUCUCAUUAUCCUGAGCUCAAGUGUAUAAAGCAGGCAGACGUGGAUGCCUGUGCUAGCAACCCUUGCAAACAUGCUUCACAAUGCUUGAACAAAAGUUCGGAUUAUAAAUGCACUUGUCUUGAGGGAUAUACAGGGAAAAAUUGCGAUAUAGCUCGGAAGUUUCUGUUACGGCUGGUUUACGUGGCCAUAAGCCCUCCGAUUUGCGGUUAG